AUGAGCAAUCAACCAUCAAGGCUUGCUUUGAAAUGCUUCAGAAAAAAGUGUUAAAUUAUGAAAUCUUCCAGGAGUUUAUGGAUUUAGAAUGUGAGAACCUGUCAGAUGAGUUCAAUUGUGGGAAUGAACCAUGCAAUCGAGACAAAAACAGAUAUCGAGAUAUUCUUCCAUAUGAUUCAACACGUGUUCCUCUCGGAGAAAGUAAUGACUACAUCAAUGCUAGUUAUAUUAGAAUAGUAAAUUCUGGAGAAGAAUAUUUUUACAUUGCUACUCAAGGACCACUACCAGACACCAUAAGUGAUUUUUGGCAAAUGGUUUUAGAAAAUCAAGCUAAUGUUAUUGCCAUGAUGACCAGAGAGAUAGAAGAUGGAACUGUCAAAUGCCACCGCUACUGGCCUAUCUCUCUUAAAAAACCUUUGGAAUUGAAAUAUUUCCGUAUCUUCUUGGAGAACUACCAGAUACUUCAAUAUUUCAUCAUUCGAAUAUUCAAAGUUGUGGAGAAGACUUUCAACAUCAAGAAUAUUGUGACCCAAAUGAGAGAACAUCGUUGUGGCAUGAUUCAAACAAAGGAGCAGUAUCACUUUUGUUAUAAAAUUGUGCUCGAAGUUCUUCAGAAAAUUCUGACUUUGGAUUAAGAAAGACUUCUGUUGCUUCUCACUUGAAAUUACCACGUGGCUUGGAACCUACUCACAAAGAACAUGUUCUAGCUGUGCCAAAGGGAUUUGCUGUCUAUACACAGUGAUUUCUUGAUACCUUCAAUUGAUUUUCUUUCUAAAGCUCCUUGAAAGCAGCAUACUUUGGUUUCCUGUCCACU